AAUAUUGCUUCUGAAGGGCUAAGCUAUUCUGUUGGAGAACUGCCCUAAAUGAGCCUGACUAAGAUACUGGAUUGGUGUGAAGUGGAAUAAGGAUAUAAUAGGAUGUCAACUGAGACAGAACUUCAAGUGGCUGUUAAAACCAGCACGAAGAAAGAUUCCAAAAAGAAAGGUCAGGACCGCAGCGAAGCCAGUUUGAUAAAAAGGUUUAAAGGGGACGGUGUUCGGUACAAAGCAAAGCUAAUUGGAAUUGAUGAAGUUUCAGCAGCCAGAGGAGACAAGCUAUGCCAGGAUUCAAUGAUGAAACUCAAGGGCAUUGCUGCUGGUGCCCGUUCAAAAGGAGAACACAAACAGAAAGUUUUUUUGACGGUUUCUUUUGGAGGAAUCAAAAUCUUUGAUGAAAAGACAGGUAAUCUACAACAUCAUCAUGCGGUGCAUGAAAUUUCGUAUAUUGCCAAGGACAUCACAGACCAUCGGGCGUUUGGAUAUGUUUGUGGGAAAGAGGGAAACCAUAGAUUUGUGGCAAUAAAAACGGCUCAGGCAGCAGAGCCUGUAAUUUUGGAUUUGCGAGAUCUGUUCCAGCUUAUCUAUGAACUGAAACAGAGGGAAGAAAUUGAAAAAAAAGCACAAAAAGACAAGCAAUGUGAACAAGCAGUAUAUCAGACAAUUUUGGAAGAAGAUGUAGAAGAUCCUGUGUACCAGUACAUAGUAUUUGAGGCUGGACAUGAAUCCAUACGUGACCCAGAUACUGAAGAAAGCAUUUACCAGGUUCCUACCAGCCAUAAGAAAGAGGGUGUUUAUGAUGUGCCAAAAAGUCAACCUAUAAGUAAUGGAGACUUAAUACAUUUUGAUGAAAGUCCCUCUGAAGUCAUCAAGGCUGUUACUCAAUUAGCGCUUUUCGGAGAUAUGUCUACUCCGCCUGAUGUAACGUCUCCUUCUACGCCUGCGACUCCAGGUGAUGUUUUUAUGUCAUGUACGCCCCAGCUACACCCCGCCACUGCUCACAUGUUCGGAACUCUUUGUUCGCUGCCAUCAGGUUAUGUUGCAAUGGGAGCUGUCCAACCAUCCUUCUGGGGACAACAACCUUUAGUUUCACCACAAAUGGUCCUGGGAGGCCAGCCUCAGGUUAUGCAGGGAAGCCAAACAAUGACUUGGGCUCCUCCGGGCCUUUAUCCUGCUACUCAGCAACAGCCAUGGCCAACUUUACCUGGCCAGUACCCACCCACUGCCUUCAUGCCAACACAAACUGUUUUGCCUUUUCAAACAGCCAUGUUUCAAGGUACCACCACCCCAGUAGCCGCUGUUCAACCAUCCAGUGACUCUGUGCGGUCAAGUCCACUGAGACCAGGACAGAAAUUAGGGAAAGAAAUGUUUAAAGAUUUUCAGAUGGUAAAUCCUCCUCCAGUGCCAUCACGGCAGCCAGAUCAGCCUUCCCUCUUAUGUACCUCAGAGGCCUUCUCAAGUUAUUUUGAUAAAGUUGGGUUGGCGCAGGAUGUAGACGACUGUGAUGACUUUGAUAUCUCACAAUUAAAUUUAACUCCUAUGACUUCCACCUCGCCAUCUACCAAUUCACCGCCAACGCCGGCUCCGAGGCACAGUUCUCCCUCAAAAUCCUCAGUAUCUCACACAAGUGAUCCCAAUGCAGAUGACAUCUUUGAAGAAGGCUUUGAUAGUCCUAGUAAAAGUGAAGAAAAAGAAGCUCCUGAUGCGUCUCAGGAUUCACCCAGCACUGACCUUGGUGAGCCCUCGGGGGAUAACAUGACUCCCCAAGUUGGUAGCUAGAUAGCACUGGUGUGAUCGGAUCAGGAGAGAUUAUCUAUGCCCAGAUCAAAAGACCUCCGAAAUGUGCUUCAAGGUUCGACUAAAUACCUGACUGGUUCCUGAAACUUGCAACAUCGUAUCAAUAGACCAUAACAAUGGGUUUUACCAGUAUACAGAACAAAGGCUUUUCAUGGCAAAGGCACAGCACAGACUCUCUAACACAGAUUUACCAGAAAUCUUUGCAAAGGAAGUUGGUUUACUAUCUUUUGAUCAUCUGCUUCAUGGAAGAGGACAUCCAUUGAAUACUUUUAUUGGGUUAUUUUUUAUUUGAUUAAAAAAACUCUAUAUAGCCGCAGUAUCACGUUGGAUUACGGGACAAAUUUUGCACUGGUUUUUUUUCUAUUGAUAUUUUCAUAAUAACACCCAAAAAUAAGGGUUAUUUGUUGACAGUAAGCAAAUAUUUUUAUUUUGCAUCUAUUAACAAGAUUUUUUUUUUUUUUGAUGGGGCAGGGAUAAUAUCUUUCACAAGCCUGGUUAUGAUAGAAAAUGCAAUUAUACCAAUUUUUGUAUCGCUUUCUCUUUGGCCUUUGAAACUGUGGAGGACAAAUAACAUUGGUCUUUGUUGAGUGGAAACCGGAAGUUGCACGUGCUGAAGGACGUAUUGAGAAAGACAGAUUUAAGGAGAUAAAAAACAUUGGGGGUUUACUUCCUUCUCACAUAUCUUGCUGCUGUAAUACUAUGCAGACAAGGGGAUUCCUCAUCAUGCGUGCCAUUUUUAAAGACAGAUUUGCCUAAAUAAUCUGCAACAUUUCUGAAUCUUGGAUUCAGAUGAAAAAGACUUUGCCCUGGGACAUUAGAGGCAUGAAUUUUGCUAUAAAAAUGAAAUAUGCGAUUAAAUUACCCAUCUCUGUCUCUUUUGUACAUUAGAAAAAAAAUGAAUUUUUAUUUUAUAAUCGUAACAUUAAAUUCUUCUUGGAAAAGGCUUUAAGUACAUAACAUAAACAAUUGCAGAUUUUGUAAAUAUCAGUAUUAUGACAAAUGUUUUCAUAUUGCCAUUACACUGUAGCAAAGAUAGACAAUUUCAGUGGUUGGAAGGUAUGUCAUUUUAAGGUUUAAAUUCACAAGUUUUUCAAGUGCAGAGUAAUUAGCUUGUCCGAAACUAAUAAACUGAAUGGGGAUCCUUGUA